CUUCCUUCUUCACUCCACAAACCAAAUAUUGAAGCUCUUCUUACCUUUAUCAUCAACUAACACAACACAAUGGCUUCUACUCUGAAAACACUGACAGCCACAAUUGUUCUGGUAAGCCUGCUUCUUGGAAGUACAGAGCACGUGACCGGAAUGCGUUACAUUUCCGAUUCCCCCGCUCCUAGUGAGAGCAAACAUUCAGACUUUCUAGUGAACAUGGUGCCCCAACCAUCUGGUCUCGUUCCUGGUUUUGGAAGGUUCUUGCUGCCUCCCACACCUAAGCUGCCUUUCCUUCCUUACAAAGAUCCCCUUGCUGCUGCCCCAAUCACCUCUUAUCCAACUCCUCCCAGUCGUUUUGCCUCAAACACUGGAUAUAAAUCUCGCAGUCCGAGUUCAAUAGAAGAUCAAGUUCCACCAGUGCCUCAACCAUGAGUUUUUUCUUCAACCUGUCAACAAAUAUAAGCAUUUGCUAGAUACCUUCUUCUGGUAUACAUUACAUACAAAUCUACUAGUCAUUUCAUAUCGUUGUGAUCUUUCUCUCUAUUUCUCUACUGAAAGAAAUAAUGUAUUGAAUGAAUUCCAGAGCUUUUGCUCAUAUACUAUCUAAACUAAUGACAAAUGCAACCAAAAAUAUAUUACUCUGACAACAAAAUGAGAUUAUGGACAGAGGGAUGCGAGAUUUUAAGUUUCCGUGUUCAAAGCGUCAAACCAAAAUUGCGAAUGAUGUACUUACAAUGUGAUAAGAAAACGAUCACCAUUAUCAAACCAAAGGUGAUGAAAGGGUUGGUUCUCACGCACCCAA